AUCUGGUAAUACCUGUCACUGUUGCAACACUGCAUCGGAAUGAACUGUAAUGAAUUAUCUUAACCUCACAAUUCACGGUAGAAAUUAAAAAACGAAAAAGAAAAUGUUAUUGAAAUAGAGUUCAAGUAAUUCCGUUCACAUAACAUUAAUCAGUCCAAUAAUGCCAUAUCAAUUUAAUCGUCCAAUUCAGCGAAUGCAUCUAAAAAAUAAAGACAUCUGAAUAAGAAUUUGUGAAGAGCAAGGGAGACAAGGCAGUGGAAGAAACUAGCAAAUUCCAGGGAUCUAAAAGUACACAGAGAUUUUAACGAAAUUUAUUUCGUUUGCGUAAAGUUAAAAAAUUUAAUCAGUGUUAUGUAUGGCGAAUAAAAUCUAUUGCUUUCAAAAUGUUUACAGAGAUUGAAAAGUGUUAUGCGUUAAUUAAAAUAUUUUUUGUUAUGCAAAGAGCAAGGAAGGAUUUGAUGCCUACUUUUACAAAACAUUGACGAUUGAGAAGAUAUUCUCUUGAUGAUCAUUAGUUACUAAAGAUUUUGCGGACAUAUGUUUUUAUAUAUAUUUUAAAAUCAUCCUAAACUAGCAAGUCUAGUCGCGACUUGCUAUUUGUGCCUCUAAAUGUAAUGGUAGCUAUUUUUUGUUAACAAUCUCCCUGUUAUACGUAUCGCUUGUUCAACUCCUGUUAAAUCUUUUUUGUUACUUGAGCGAAACAUCAAAAGUUAUAUGUAUAUAAUUAUGUUAUAAACACCCAAUUUUAGUAACAAAAAAAUAUAAAUAAAUAUUUACACCCGUCCACACCCGCCUCUUCUUCCUGACAGCAGCUAAUACAAUGCAAAUAAAUGAAAGAUUUGCAAUCAAUAUCGAAAUAAGUGAAGAAAUAUUUAUUGCUGAUUCUUCGUAAGUCCAACAUAACCUUACAAUGGAAGAAUGCUGGAUUAUAAUUACAACAAGAAAAGAGCGCCAAUCCAUAACAUGCUUCGCCAAAACGCUUUGCUGCAUACAAAUAAUUAAGUAAAAAUAUCUGAUUUGUUGAAUACUCGUGGCAAAGAAAAAUCGAAAUAAUUCUAAAAUAAUAUUUGGGAAUUUUCCUUUUAUGGCCUUGCCAGAUUGCCUUCCACAAAAAUUGCAACAAGCAUUUUUUAAAAUAUCUUCCAAGCUCUUUAUAUUUGAAAAAUAUAAAGGAUAUUCGUGAUUUUAUAGAUGUAUUUGUGUGGAAAUGUGCUCGUAUUUAACAUAAAUUUAACGAGAAUAAAAAUAAUUUUACGCUAGAACUGUGAGGAAAUCAUUCGUCAUUUUGUAAUAGCGGAUGCUGGUCAAACUUGAAGAUUGAUAGAAAUAGAAAAUAAAAAUUGGCAUGAGCCAUCCGUCUGGAUUCCGGAAAUAUGAAGAUAAUGAGUGUAGUGGGCCUAGACCACCAGUACCCGGAGAAGAAAGUCGAGUUAAAAAGAUGACCGAAGGGGUGGCUGACAGUUCCCGGAAUUCACCACCUUCAUAUUUAAAUUGGGCGAGAACACUUAACCAUCUUCUCGAGGACCGUGAUGGGGUAGAGCUUUUUAAGAGAUAUGUUGAAGAAGAAGCACCUGGCUAUAAUGACCAUUUAAAUUUUUAUUUUGCCUGUGAGGGUCUGAAACAGCAGACGGAUCCUGAAAAAAUUAAGCAAAUUAUAGGGGCGAUUUAUCGGUUUUUACGAAAAAGUCAGCUAUCAAUACCUGAAGAAUUGCGUCGAUUAAUAAAAGCAGGCCUUAAAAAUGAAGUCUCACUUAACUCUAAUAUAUACGAUUCAAUGCAACAAUAUGUUGAGUCUACCAUUCGUGACAACAUUUAUCCGAGCUUCCUUUGUUCAGAAAUGUACAUUCUGUAUAUUCAACAAAUGUCAGUUUCACAUGAACGAUUUGGGAGUGGAACAGCUGGUUCGGGCAGCGGAAGUAGUAGUGGUGCUAGCUGUGGGAGCAGUGGUGCUGGAAUCGCUACAGGAGGGCCGUGCGUUUUACCUACAAGUUCCGGAAAAACAGCUUCGUCUUCGGUAGCCGCGUUCAUUAAUUUGCCUAUAACCGCCUCUGGUAGUAAUGUACCUCUUGGUGGUGCUUGUAGUGCAAGUGGGAGCGUUUAUGGCCCUUCAACAUCAGCUAGCUCCAGUGGUUCUGUUAGCGCAACUGAUACGCUGCCCCGGAGCUCAACAUUACCAACACUGCAUGAAGAUUCCGAGUUAUCUCUUUGUGAUGAUUUUGAGAAGCUGCGUGUGGAAGGUAAUCGCAUAGCCGAUAUGCCGAUACGUCUUACACACGAUUUACUACUAGCAACACAGAAGAGAAGACUAGAAAUACGACCUCCUGGCGCUCAUGGUUAUGUAUAUCCAGCGAGUGCGAAUACUUCUUAUAUUCCGAAUUCGCGUGUGGAUUCGGAAAGGGCGAGCGUAAGUUCCGGUGGUCGAACUGAUUCUGAUACUAUGUCGUUAUCUAGUUGCUCUAUGGACGGACGACCGUACAUUCAGAGAAGACAUAGUUCAAAUGAAAGCAAAGCUAUACGUCAAAGUGCGAUGGCCAACAAAGAAACUAAUACUUUUCAAGUCAUCCCUCGAACGCAACGCCUCCACUCGAACGAACAUCGUCCUCUGAAGGAGUCUGAGCUAAUAGCACUACUCAUUCCAAAACUAGAAGAAGUUAAACGAAAACAAGACAUCGAGGAUAGGGCUCGAUUUGAGCACUUUGCGGACGAUUCAAUGCCGACUAAUGAAAGGCUUGCCAGUGAUCGCGCAUUCGCAGAUGCGAUUCGUGAAAAAUUUGCGUUGGAAGAGGAUAACGACCAAGAUAUACUUGAUCAGCAUGUAUCUAGAGUGUGGAAAGAUCAAACUCCUCACCGUUCGCCUGGUACUAUGUCGCCGUGUCCGCCCCUUCCAACUCGUAGACGUACUAUAACCCACGAUUCAGGAAUGCUAAGUGAUGGUGCUAUGAGUAUAGGGGGACAUUCUAUGAAGCACUCGAAAUCUAUGCCGGACCACAGUUCCUCCUCCAGGAAGCUAACAAACAAAUGGCCUUCCAUCAAUACCGAUAGUGGAAUUAGUCUGUUUUCAGCCGAUACUCUUAUGAAGUACAAAGACACCAGUUCACGCUCUGGUUCGAGUACGGCCUCUAAAGCAGAAGAGGCAAAAAGAAGACUGGAAGAUGAGACCAGAAGGUCUCGUCGCCAUACCCAACAAUAUGUUCAACCCUCACAGCAACCACCAUCAUUUAGUAGCAGUAGCAGCGGCAGCAGUAGUUUACAUCAUCAAACACAACCACCACCGCUUCCCGCAAAACCACAAGAAAGUACGACUGUUGUGUUCUCUUUCUGUGACGAGGAGUAUCCUUACAGAACAAAAAUUCCCGGUUCACAACCCACCCUAAAGCAAUUUAAGGACUAUUUGCCUAAAAAAGGCAACUUCAGGUUUUUCUUCAAAACACAUUGUGAAGAUCCAGAGAGUCCAGUGAUACAAGAAGAGAUCGUGAAUGACGGUGAUAUUCUGCCCUUAUUUGAGGGCAAAGUAAUGGGCCUAGUAAAACCAUCCGAUUAGGACUUAGGCAAAUAUCUUAAUGACUAAAUGAUAAAACGAGAUUAAUUAUAACGGCAACGAACACAAGUAGCAGCAACGAGUGUCUCUCAAAGAAAUAAUUUGUAUGAGUAUCAAGUGCAUAAAAUAAGGUUGACAAAACAAAACGCUAAACUUGAAAAUGUAAUUAGUAUUUAGAAUUAAUUGAGAAAAUUACAUGAAAAUCAAGUUUUUUAAAAACAAUAUGUAUUUUUAAAUUUUGAUAAAAGCAUAAUAAUAUGUAUAUAGUAGAUAUCUCGACUUAUGUAUUUUUAUAACAAUUUAUUGGUGUUACGCAUGUAAUAUUUUGUUUUCGCCAACUUUGUCAACGAUUUGCUAUUUUUUGGCUUAUAUUUACGAAAUGCAUCGGAAAUUUAAUAUGAAAGUUAAAAUCUACUAAAAUGUGCUUUUAUGGACUGCCUGCAAUAUAUUUUGUUGAAAUACAUAUGUAUAAGACGCUGCCUUUAUUGCAGCAUAAAUCGUUCUCGAUCACGAAAAUCAAAAGUAUUUGAUAAGAGUUAUGGUAAUUUUGUUUUAUUUUUUUAAUAUUUUAUAUCCGCUAAACCUAUUGAUAACGUUAUUAUUAUAUUUAAUUAACAGUACUGUAAUUUUUUAUAAGUUAAAUUCAUACUCAUUUAAAUACACGUUUAUACUAAUGUAAUAGUAUAUACUUAUUUUAGAUGACACAUUACAUGUAAUUGAACUUCAUAUUUAAAAAUAUUAAACAAAUUUAACGCAUCGUUAAUGAAAUGUGGAAAGAUUCAUACUGAUGUUUUUUCGAAGUUGCUUAUUAAUUUAAGGCGUUUGCAGCAAACGAUUUUUAAAUUUUUGAAGAGCCGUAACGUAAACUAAUGAUCUUACGUCACUUAAAAAGUCCUAACCUAAAAAAUAUAUCUUUUUGUAAUUCAAAAGCGCCAACUGAAGUACAAAAAUAUAUUUCGAAUACUUUCUCUUAGACGUUAGUAGUGUUUCUUGCUUCUCUAAAUUUAAUUAUUGUCAGUAACGACGGUUCUACAUUUCGUAAACGAUAUGCUCAUAUUUUACUUAAUUCUACAAAAUUGGCAAUCUAUAUUGUACGUACGUGUGCAUCAUUUAAAAUAAGAUAGGAUACAUUCAUUCAAUACGUUUACGAGUGAAUAGGCUACUCAACUAACUUAUGAUUAAAAAUCAAAGAAUAUCGAUAUUUUUUUAAGUAACGGACAAAAUAUUGUACGUCCAAUGUCAUCGAAAAUUGUGUUUGAAUAGGAAAAUAAAUAAAUGAUAGUAAUUAAAAAAA